CGCAGUGAUACUGACUGUGCGAUUUCUUUUUUUUAAUUGCGGGUCUGGCCAAACAGAGAAACAACAGACACAUAAAUGUUACAUUGUUUUUUCUUUCACUACUGUAGGUGACAAAAUCAGCAAAAAUAAAUCGCGCUCCUGAAUAUGGUUGCAGUUCGAAGAGAUAUACUACUUCUGUGGGGAUUUGUAAUUUGUUACCAUUUGUCAGAAGGUAAUGAUGGUCAGCUAUCCAGUUGCAGUGAAUUUCAGGCAGCUUCAAUUAAGGAGUACCUUAAAGGGGUCCCACUAUCCAUCCAGUAUCACUUGUUCACUCCAAACAACAGGAGCUGCUCCACAGCUUUCAGUGAAAAUGCAACAAGUGACUUGCUCGCUACUGUAUUCAAUGCUUCUUUGGACACAAAAGUCAUAAUCCAUGGCUACAGUUUGCAAGGUCAUACUCCUUUCUGGAUUAAGAAAAUGGUGACUGCAAUUCUGGAGAGAGCUGAUGUAAAUGUCUUGGUUGUGGACUGGCUUCCAGCAGCAUCUUUUUUAUAUGCAAAUGCAGUUCAGAACUCCCUUGAGCUUUCAUGGAGUAUUUCAAGUAUGAUCAGUAAGCUCAUUAAACUUGGAAGCACAGAGAAGUCCUUUCACUUAAUCGGAGUCAGCCUUGGAGCACACAUAGCUGGCUUUGUUGGUAGUUUGCAUAAAGGAAGAUUUGGGCGAAUAACCGGUUUGGAUCCAGCACAUCCUCGCUUUCAAAGUGUGAUCUUGUAUGACGGGCUCAACCCCAGUAAUGCUGUCUUUGUUGAUGCUCUUCAUUCAGAUACAGAUGGCUUUGGUAUAAAUUUACCAGUAGGACAUGUUGAUUACUACCUUAAUGGAGGGAAAGACCAGCCUGGCUGUUCUUUUUUCAGAAAUCCAAAAUGUGACCAUAUUAGGGCAGCCUAUAUCUUCAUUAGUGCCAUUACUAAGCCUUGUCUGCAAGCCUUCCCUUGUGGAAAUUAUGAAGACUUUAUGAAAGGAAACUGCAGGACUUGCAGGAACAGCUUGACUGACUUGUGUCCAAGGAUAGGUCUUCUUGAACCCAUAAGAAAUACAAGUCUUCUAGAACCAGAGAGAGCAAGUUAUUUUUUACGUACAACAGCGACUGAGCCAUUCUGUGCUCAUCAUAUACUUGUGGAAAUUCAUUAUGAAAAUCUGAAGCAGAAGAGUGAAAUUGAAGUGACGCUAAUAAGCGAUGGACUUUCCAAAUCUCAAGAGAAUAUUAAACUAAUGAAGGAGAUUCCUGUGCUUAAGAGAGUGAUGGCUCACACCACAAGGCUUUGUGAAAUCAUGUCCGUUGAAGUGAGGAUUUUAAGUUCCUGGUUCAGAAAUAUUAAAGAAGUCAAAAUCCAAAAGUUGUGUCUUUCACAACUCCCAAGUGAAAGAAAAGAAGAAACAUACUGCUUUGAAAAUAUAGAUCUCCAAGGGAAAACUCAGUGGUCUCAUGAAUUUAUUACUAUAUGUGAUUAGGAAUUAAAAUUGUAAUAAGUUACAAUAUUGAACGUUCGCUACUUUAUUUGCCCAUCAUGAAAAGAAGUUAAAGGCUUCAAGAAAUAAUAUCCUUUUCCUCUUUUUGGUAAAGCAAUUGUUAGUCUUAAUAUGGUAUGUGUUUACACACAUCUUUAAUUACAUAUCAUCUUUUGUUGUUAUACUCAUAUUUUUUUGUUUUGCAGUGCACUUGUAAAUGCUAGAUGUGUAUCUUACAGUAACACAAAGCGCUACUUCUGUAAUUUUUCUGAUUGUUUGGUGCUGUAGGCCUAAUAAGUAUUAAUGGUGGGAGCCUGGUCAGCAUCAGGAUGAAACCUAAGCAACUCUUGGAGCCAGUUGAUCAUCAUGAAGAUGGAGCCUAUGUAGCCCUGUUGAGAGUAAACGACUGUAACCAUCACAAAGUGAAUUGUGAAUUAUUUGGGUAGAAUCCAAUUAACAUUUCAGAGACAGACCUGUGCACCAUUCCACUGUACGGCCCAUAUAAUUUUACCAUGAUGGAACCCAUACAACAUUUUUGUUAUGAAGUUUGUAAGGUGCAGAAUACAAUUAUGUACAUUUUUUGUACUUUUAUCUUUAUUUUGAUUAUGUGAUUAUAUUUUAUUGUAAUUUUG